AUGACGGUUGCGACAGGCCUACGGUCACGGCGGAGAGCAGCAGGAGAAGCGGGAGCAGGCGUGCCAUGGCUGUGUUGUUGCUGUGUGGGCAGUGGGACGGGGGGGGGGACUGCCGGCCGCUGCCCUAUCCCGCUGCAUGCCGUGCCCCAAGGGCUCGAUCACCGCGAUGAGGCGCGCUCAUGCGACGCGUGCCGCGAGGGCCAGUACCAGAACCAGAUCGGGUCGUCCACGUGCCGCUCCUGCCCCGAGGGCACGUUCAGUAACCUGCUCGGCCUGACCGACAUCGGGCAGUGCCGCGACUGCCCCAAGGGCACGUUCAGCAGGCAGGGUUCGCGCGUGUGCGAGCCGUGCCGCGCAGGCUUUUUCCAGGACAAGACCGGCAGCCGCGAGUGCCAGCCGUGCCGGGCGGGGACGUUCAGCAACCGGCUGGGCCUGACGGACGCGAGCCAGUGCACCAAAUGCCCGCUGGGAACGUUCAGCGGAGAGGGGCGCACCGCGUGCAUGUCGUGCCGCGCCGGGACGUUUGCCGACCGCGUUGCCUCAAACUCUUGCCGCGACUGCCCGCCGGGCACGUUCAGCCAGCUGACCGGGGUGAAGUCGCAGGAGCAAUGCCGGCCGUGCCCGCGCGGCACGCAGAGCUUCGCCGGCUCACGCUCGUGCGGACAGUGCGGAACCGGGUCUUAUCAGGACCAGAUCGGGAGCGCCGAGUGCAAGCAGUGCCCCAAGGGGACGUUUGGAAACGCCAGGGGGGAGACUUCCGCAGACGCGUGCAGGCCGUGCAACGUGGGGACGUUUACCAACUUUCAGGGAGCCAGCUCGUGCAAUACGUGCUUCCAGGGGACGUAUCAGGACCGCAAGGGGGCGCAGUUUUGUAAGAAUUGCCCCGCCGGGACGUCCAGUAGGGCGAAUGGAGCUGAUAAUGUGAACGCUUGCAGACCUUGCCCGCCCGGAACGAGCAGCACGGCGGGGUCGUCGAAUUGCACGUAG